CCGCGACCAUGGCGACAUUCAACCCCCCUCCAUUAGUCGACAUAGACCGCUAUGUCGGGCAGAAGCAAAGCCGCGCGCUCAACGCCGGCGACGUCGGCAUUUUCAAAUCGACCAUCCUCCCCUCCUUCACAAUCCAUUCCGGCCUCUCCAUUGCGUCCUUCAUCGCCGCUAAAUCCACCGACCGCGGCGAGAUCAAAGACUGGUGCUGGCCGUCCAGCCAGGUCCUGAACGCCUGGUGGAGCGCCAUCGGUCGACCCAUGGCGCUUGACGAUAUCUCCUUCUCCGCCGCCUGGCGCAUGCUUCCCUGGACCGAGAAAGUGCUGCUCAGCUCCGUGACACUCUGGGGGACAAGGCUAUUCUAUCGGAUUGCGACAAGGACGAUUACCCGCGGCAAGGACGAUCCGCGAUACGACGAGCUGAAGGCUAAGGACCCUGGAUUCUGGAAGUCCGCAUUCCUGAAGAUGUUCUUGCCUGAGGCGGUGUUUUUGACUUUCAUCUCGUUGCCGUUCACGUUGCCGUUCCGACUGAGUGAGACUUCGUUGGAUAUCACGCCCCAGACGGCUGGGGUGCUGAGGACUGUUGGCGUGGCGCUGUUCUCGGCGGGUUUUGCCCUCGAGGCCAUGGCUGAUAAGCAGUUGGAGUCGCAUCGUCAGGAACGGACGGAUUUGUGUCGUCAGGGUGUGUGGAGUAUUGUGAGACAUCCGAACUACCUCGGCGACGCCCUCGUACACUUCUCUUUCGUUGUCCUGAACGCUGCUAGUUCAUUCAAUCCUCUGGUUCUGCUGGGCCCUGUGGCGAACUACGCCUACCUGCGAUUCGUCGGCGGCGACAAGCAGAACGAAGAAAGCCAGGAAGCUCGGUACAAGGAUCAGGACCCGCAUAAGUACGUGCAGCUGCAGGCUUGGCGCCAGGAAAAGAACAGCUUCUGGCCGAGUCUGAGCGAGUUGGUGAACCCGUGGACCUGGGCUGUUGUGGGCAGUGCAGUGGUCGGUGUUGCUGUCGAAGAGGGUGUUAGGGGAUGGGUGUUGCAGUAAGACUUCCUGAUGGACAUGUUGAUGUCUGCUGUGUUAUGAUAUACGUAAUUAGCCUG